UUAAACCCUAAUAAAGGACUUAAAACCCUUUCUAGUUUCUCCAGGUCGCAGCUAAAGAGGAGAUUGCUUGCUUUGGCCUUCAAUUCUUCAGGAACAGAGAGAGAUGGUGUGGUUUCAGUGCGAGGAUUGUGGAGAGAACUUGAAGAAACCCAAGUUGCCUAAUCACUUCAGAAUGUGUUCUGCAACCAAGCUAUCUUGCAUUGAUUGUGGAGAGACAUUUGGAAAGCAAAGCGUUCAGGGCCACACUCAGUGCAUUACCGAGGCGGAGAAAUAUGGUCCAAAGGGUCAAGGGAAAGCUUCAAAUGGCGCAACACCUAAAUCCAACAAGGAUGCAAAGCAAAAACCCGAUGUUGAUAUCAAUGUUGGGUUAUCUGAACGCCCACCAUGGUUUUGUAGUCUCUGCAAUACCAAGGCUACCAGUAAGCAGGCUCUUCUUCUCCAUGCUGAUGGAAAGAAGCACCGGGGAAAGGCCCGGGCUUUUCAAGCUGCCAAGCAACAACCUAAACAGACAGAAGAAUCUGCUCUUGAUUCAAAUGCUCCUACCAAGGUUGCAUUGAUUGAGAAUAAACAUGUAGAGGAGCAAAAAUUGCAGGAUAGACCAAAUGUUGACUGUGCAGAUACCAACACAGAAAUAGAGAACGGAAAGUUGCCUUCAAAAAGGAAGAGAAAGGUUGAUGCAUCUGGGAAUGAUGGCACUGGGAAUAAGACAAAGGAUGGUGCUGCAAAUGAAGUGGGCAAUGGUAAAAGUCAGGUUGAAAGAAAAUCCGAUGAUGUUGAGACUCAGUUGAAGAAAGCUAAACACAAUGCUCUUAAAGAUGACAAGGCUACUAGCCCUAAGAAAGAAGAUCAUAAAAAGAAUAUAAAGUGGAGGAAGCUGGUUAAAUCAGCCUUGAAAUCUAAUGAUGGAGUUCUGAAGAUCAGGAAACUGAAAAGGCUUGUCCUGAAGUCCCUCCAAGAAUCUGGCAUUGCAAAAGAUGAAACCGAACUGGAUAAUAUACUUGAACAAAAGAUCAAUUCGAGCUCCCGGUUUAGAGUUGACGACAAAUAUGUUCAUCUAGCAGCUAAAGAUUGAAAUCAAGUUUUUGGGCCAUGUAGAAGAGAAUUCCUAGCGGACAACUGCGCCUAUCACAGCGAUUUUCCUUUACAGAGUCCUUCAGCAUUUGUUCAUUAGCCUCCUAUUCGAUCAAGAAUCAUUUUGAGCCGUAGGUCCUCUCUGGACUGCCAUUUUAGAUGGCUUGAUGCUUUCCCUAUGAUUUUUCCCUUCUAUUGUGUUGCUUGCGCAGUAUUCUUACAAUUACUUUUCGUAUUACAUGUAGGCCCACAAGGCUUGUAUUGCUACCGAAUGAUUUAUUUUUUGGAAAAGAAAAUCUUAUAGACGAACUUUUUUCAUUAAGAUCA